AGGAUAACGGCAAGGGACUGGCUGCUCAGCGAGACCCCUUCCGUUGGGCCGUCCCUCUCCGAAGAGGCAUCCGGAACCUUUGUGCUGUGCUUUUUGCCCGGACGUGCCGAAGCGGAGGCCGGAAGUCCUUUGCCCGGAGGUUCCGGGUUUCCUGGACUACUACAAUGGCGAUGAGUUUCGAGUGGCCGUGGCAGUAUCGCUUCCCGCCCUUCUUUACGUUGCAGCCGAACGUGGACACUCGGCAGAAGCAGCUGGCCGCCUGGUGCUCGCUGGUCCUGUCCUUCUGCCGCCUGCACAAACAAUCCAGCAUGACGGUGAUGGAAGCUCAGGAGAGCCCGCUCUUCAACAACGUGAAGCUACAGCGCAAGCUUCCUGUGGAAUCAAUUCAGGUUGUAUUAGAGGAACUAAGGAAGAAAGGGAACCUGGAGUGGUUGGAUAAGAACAAGUCUAGCUUCCUGAUCAUGUGGCGAAGGCCAGAAGAAUGGGGGAAACUCAUCUAUCAGUGGGUUUCCAGGAGUGGCCAGAACAACUCCGUGUUUACCCUGUAUGAACUGACCAAUGGGGACGACACAGAGAAUGAGGGCCUCUGCUUGCUACUCCCACCAUCACCCCAUGACUUCAGUGCUGCAGCCUUGCCCAGCCCACCACUCAUGCUGGGCAAAGCUAAAGGCUUCCUCAGAAAGCAAGCUCCCUGACUCAAGAGGUAGGCCCCCGUAGGGGGGGUGAGGUGUGCGAACCUGUUCGGGCUUGCUACCUGCUUCUCACCUCUCCCUGCAGUAUCUUGCCAUAUCUUCAGAUACUCAGCUGGCCCUUGGCUCCCAGCUUUGUUCCUUUGAACUAGGUAAGGGCAGAUACCUGUGCUGGAUCUUAACAGUCUCUUGGUCAGAGGUGUGGCUACACUUCUUUGUGUUAGGACAGGUGCUCCUGAUGGCAACACUAGGGUUGGACCCUAAUGGGUCCAACUAGGGUCAGAAUCCAGUGACAAGGACCUUGACCUUCCUAGGCUUCACUGUCCCCCGCUCUGUGGUCCACAAGCAGGUAGUGUCAUUCUUGUACAUCAGACACUCACGGCGCAGGGGUGGGGGACACAUAUGAGGGUUGAGUCUGACAGAAGAACCUGGACGGGGAGAAUAAGCAUGAAUUCUCAUUUCAUGCUGACUCAGGCUUGCUUUCAGCCCUUGCUCUAAGGAGUUUGCAGGAAUAGUUGGCAGCAGCCACAGCAGUAUCGAUGGCACAUGUCUCCCCUGGCUUCAGGGUCUCAGCUUCCAGCUAGACUCUGCUCCUCAGGGGCCUUGAGCCCACAGAAGCAGAGUAUCCCUGAUCCCCAUCUCUCCC